GGGAUUUUGAUAAUACCGAAGCGCUACGAAUGAGAAAACUUAUGAAUGAACGAGAGCGUCGUACGUACAUUAUAGAGAAAGUCGAUCUAGACUUGGUGGACUAUUUCACCAAUUGUACUAUUUGCGCUAGGCGUUUAAUAUUAAAGGAAACAGACGAUACAAUCCCUACGGCCCGUCGUCAUAUGAAAGUGAUGUGGUGUGUGGAUCGGUUUUUCAAAGCGUUAUUUUUCUUUGGAUUAUUAUAUUAUUUAUACUAUUAUUUCUUUGAUAGAUUAAGCAGUGGCGAAACGGUGAUUCAAAAGCCAUUAGAAUAGUUUACUUACAUAAGCUCUUAUCAUAUUUUGAAUCUACGUUUGUAAAUCAAAAACCAAAUAUUUUUCAUAUUUUUUAAUU